UACAUUGAUUAUUUAAAUUGAAUAUUAAUUCACAAAUACAAAUCGAGCUGAAUCGUCUGUCCAUUCAUUUUUUAUUUUAUAUCAAAAUUAUUAUACUUCUAAAAUUAGCAAAAUAGAUCAAUCGAAUCUCUAAUAGUAGCUAAGUAAAAAACAAUAUUAAAGUUCAAUAAAAUUAUUUUUGAUUUUGUAAAUAAUGGAAAUAUCAAUAGAGUCAUGCAGAGUGUGUUUGCGGGAUUCCUUUUGCGUUGAUAAAAAAGAACGCUGGGAAUCUGUUUCUCUCAGUGAUGUUGACAUAGACGAAAUUUCUUUUGCUGAAAAAUAUUUUACAUGCACGGGUAUUAAGGUGUCAGAAACUUCAAGGUUUGGUCAAAAAAUUUGCUACAAAUGUUUACAAUUUUUAAGGAAAAUGUAUACAUUUUUAAAAAUAUGUUUACGAACGGACAACAUACUCCAAAAACACAUAGCCAGGGAAAAUAUUAAAGAAUACGCAGAAGUCAAAAUUGAACCUAAAACCGAAGGAAACUCCUUGUGGGAAGAAGAAUAUUUUGAAAACCUUUCUCCGGAAUCCAUCAAAAUUGAGAUAUGCGAAGUAGAUGUACCAAAACAUAGAGUUGUUGGGAAAGAGCUCUUUAAUGUUGUUGAACUGCCUGAUAUCGAUGAAAGUCAUGAAAAUUAUUCUCAGGAAAGUCUUACAAAUUAUAUACAAAACUACUCGCGUGAAAAAGAAGAAGAAUCUUUUAUUUGUGAAAUAUGUGGCAACAUAUAUAAAAAAAGAUAUCUUUUGGAAAAGCAUGUAACCACACAUUCGGAUAAAAAGGAAUACGAAUGCGAGAUAUGUGGCAAAGCUUUCCAACAACAGCAGUAUUUGUCUGCUCAUAUUAAAAGACAUAGUGGUGUCAGAAAAUACAAUUGCAGCUUUUGCUCUAGAAAAUUUUAUACAAAAGGAAAACUUACAGAACACGAGCGGGUUCAUAGAGGAGAACGUAUAUAUAAAUGCAAAUAUUGUGAUAGUUCAUUUUUCUACGGACAUAAUUUAAAAAGGCACCAGCUUUGUCAUACAGGUCUGAAACCAUAUCUUUGUAAACAUUGUCAUAAAACUUUUCGAACAAAAUCAAACUUGGACCAGCAUUUCAGAACAGAUGUCCAUAAAGACGAAUCAACUAGAACUUAUUCUAUAUUAACUCAAUAAUUUCAUAAAUAUGUAGGUACUUUAAUUUUUAAUAAACAUUAAUGACAAAAUUGUUAAA